ACCAUUAGACGGUCGGACAGACAGAACAAGCUUUCAUUUUCUGUGCAGGGUUCCAAAGCUCCAGAAAUGGCCUCUACCAAUUGUUCUUUUUUAGCCAUUAUCAUGGCUUUGUCGUUGUCAAAUAUCAUUGUCGGGGUUGCAGCUCGUCGUCUCCUCCAGAUGCCACCGACAUUGCCUGGUGUAGUGCUGCCACCCCUGCCGUCUAUCCCCAACCUCCCACAACCGACAUUUCCGACAAUGCAGCCAUCGUUACCCAAUCCGAGAGCUCUUCCUCCACUUCCUAGCAUGCCGACAUUGCCGACAACACAGCCAUCAUUACCCAAGCCUGGAGCUCUACCUCCACUUCCAAGCAUGCCGACAUUGCCUACCCUACCAAAACUAGCAAUGCCACCGAUCCCCACUAUACCAACUACCCUCCCAUUCUUCUCCCCACCUCCUUCAAAAACUAGCCCUUGAUGAUGCUCAGUCAUACUAUGUGUCUUUGCUUUGUCGCGGUCGUGUUCCUCUAAACAUUAAUCUCGUAUCACCGAGGGAUUCAUAGAGCGUUUUUAGCCAUUUGUUUCAUUCCGAUUCCAUUACGUAAAGGGUUUUAUUUGUUUGGGUUUGACGAGGUUGCUGUAUUUCUAGUGUGUUGUUAUUGUAUCAGUAUGAUCACAAAUCACUUUGAUUUUAAUGUAUCAAAUACUACAAUAACAAUAUAUCGAUAAUUUCCACUUG